GAACUACAAUAAUAAUUACGCAAUAUUUCGUCUCCUGUGUCCUUCAGUUGAGCUUCUUUUAUAUAAAUUGUUUUAGUUGUAAUUUUAAGUAAUUAUGGACAAAUAUUUGACUUUAGACAAUCUUCAAAUAGCUUUAAAGUUCUCAGGCAUAAUUUCAACAGGAAUAUUUGCUGGAGGAGCAAUUUUUGUUGGUUCAUCUCAAUUGCCCGGAAUUCUCGCAAUGACCGAUAUGGAUCAAGCUCUCAUUAACUUUAGAUAUUUCUGGCCAAGAGUUAGACAAAUGCCUCGAGCGGCAAUUACUGGUAGUGUGUCAGGUAUAGGAGCAUAUCUUAUCAAACGAAAAGUUGAAGAUCUGCCAUGGCUGAUUGGAGGAGUAGGGAUGACGUUUAUUGGUGCGUAUACAUUGAAAGUGGUUUAUCCAAAAUCUAUUGCUCCCUUACUGGAUCCUGAUCUUCUCAAAGAUAACGAUGAAACACAUGUCAGAAAUACGUUCAAGAAGUUCGCUGAUUAUCACGAUGUUCGUACUUACAUUGGUACAGCUGCUUUUGUUGCCUUUACUUUUGCAUACUUCAAAUCAACGUAUAACUAAAAUCAACUAAAUGAUUAUCAUUGUUAAUUAAUUUUAUGGAUAUAUUUCUUAUGUAGGAUAAAUAUUAUAUACCUGUCAAUUUUCUUUGCCAUAUUUAUCCUGUUAUAGAAGAGACAAUAAAAGUGAAAAUAUAAA